UUGAGAACUUUGGCGGAAAAUUCGAAAAAAUGGAAAGAAAAAAAGCGUUGAAACAGGUGUUUGAGAUUCUAUACGAACAGUCCUCCGAGCACAAUCUUGAGAAGACAUUCGUGAAAUAUUCUUUUAACAGAAGCAAAUUAGAAGAGUCCAAGCUCAAGCUAUCUACAGGCAGGUCAACURGCAAAAAUACAGGAAAAGAUCAUCGCUCUUCAUGGAAAAUUAAAGUUUAUGGAAGAGUAAAAAGCUCAACAACAUCAAGAAAGCGUCAAAGACCAACACAAAGACGAGAUCUAAGGGGCAUUGUAGACAAACUUCAUUUGUCUAACAUUGUUGGCAGAAAAACACAGGUCAGUACACCCAGGCAGCCAAGAAGUAAAGUAAAAAGAAGAAGGAGAAGUGACAUAUUCCUAAUGAGAAACAUUCAGAAAGUAAGACGAUUUCUUGAAGUCUCAAAUACAAGAGAAAGUAGCCCAGCYAAGGGCAUGCAGAAGAAGACACAACAAAGUCAAUUUGCACACAGUAAUUCAAGUACAAUUGAAAAGAAAGUGAAUCUAGUAAAGAGAAGUAACAUUGGGUCAAGAGCACAUGCUAGACUAGAUAAAACAUUUGAUUCUGGAUUCUAUGAAUUCAAUGAAGGAUCUGAUUCAACAGAUCAGGAUGAUGUUGAUGAACAAAAGUGUGCCAAUGAAAAGAAAUCUUCUGCUUAUUUUCCAAGAACACCUGACACUCCUUUGGAAACAUCGCCAGGGGUAAAGCCAUCUACAGUAUCAAGAGACUCUUAUUUCAAUUUCAAAAGGAAAAGACAUCCCAGCUGUGCAAAGAAGAAAGGUGUAACUCAAUCUGUCCUGUCUGAACAGAAACAGACAGAAGCAACGAGCAAUGUACAGUCAAACAAGAUAUUGUUCAAACCUCUGUUUGGAAAUCAUUGUGGAAACACAUGGAAGCAAAUUGUAGAUGAAAAUUAAUU